AUGCAGCAGGAGCUGUUGCUUCUGACGCGACGUGUGGCGCAGCUGGGGAGCACCGCGGACGGCCUGCACGGACAGCUCAACGAGGUGCAUCGAGCAAUGGGGGAAGUGAUGCUGGGCCAGCGAAACACCGACCUGCUCGUGCAGCAGAUGGAGCGGCGGCAGCUUGCCGGGUCUGCCGAUACACAAGCAGCGACAGGUAGUGGUAGGGGAACGGGUGCUGCUCACUCAGCGGCGGUGCCUCUCUCCGAUACAUGCGUCUCGCCUUCUGCAAGCUAUGACGAUGGCACCUCCCUUGGGGCCGUGUCACACGCCACCACAACAGUCACACCUGCCACUCCCCCAUCAAACGCACAACUAGCAGAGCAGGUCGCCACUUUGCAGGCUCGGCUAGAUCAGCUCAUCACCAACAUCUUCGCCGCCGAUCGCCUUGGCGCCGUCGUCGAUCGCAUGGCGGCGUCCGGGAUCGACACGGAGAAAGCUACCGCAAGCAUUUUCCCUGCGGAAAAACCACUGAGUCGUGCGAAUCUGCUCCAGCAGCUGCAGCGGCGGUACGCACUCGGCACCUUCAUUGAUGCAGCCGGUGUCACUCGUCUUUCGAGCCAGGUCGUUCGGGUGCACAACGUACCUCUGAACAUGGGUGCUAUGGAGGUGCGGGAGCUUUGCAUUCAGCACGUUUGCAAGGGGAACAACGCCAAUGAGCUGGUGAGCUGUAUGGUGCACCGCUGCUCUGACAGCAUACCUGCCGCAGCAGCAGCCGGUCACACACACGGCACAGUGCAAGAAGGCGCGAACUCACCGACUGCAACAGCGUCUCUUCAAUACUUAUCGAGAAAGAUGCACUCCAAGUUUUCUUCAGCACCCCCUGCCUCCGCAGAGGCCGCCAUGCUGGGUGAUCUUCCUCGCGGUGACACAGUAGCCACAAUCCACCCAAACACGAAGACGCUUGAGGUGGUGUUCACUUCGGCCGCAGCCGCGGUGCGGGCCUUGCAGGUGCUGAACGGUAUGCACCUGCGCCCGACGCUGCAUGAAACGCCUCUGCCGCUAGUCGUUGAGCCGGUGGUGUCGGCAGAUGUGCUGGCGGUGCUGAAGGCGUGGGAGGAUGAAGUUGCCGCAGCGGCGCCACACGUCACAGAGUUGAAGUAG